AUGGUGGCGUGGUGGCAGAGGAAUCAAGUGCGGAGUCGUUCUCCGUCGCUUGCGCCGUCGGCAUCGUCAUCACCAUCGGCGUUGUCUCGAUUAGCGUUUUCUCUCGCUUUCGUGUUAGCCUUGAUCGCUCUCUCCGCCCUUCCCGCAACAGCUCCGUCCACCGGCGGAAGCUCCUUCACCGCCGUAACUACCGCCGUAACUGCCGCCGCCGUAGCAGGCGCAGAUGCCGCUGCCAUGAGCGUUCGAUCCGUUGUGAAUGGCGCCCACAAUGGGCGAGGAAAUGCGCGCGUGUUAACAGCCUCACACGAUAGCAUCCGUACUAGCUCCGAGAAGCGGAGCAGUUUCAAGAGCAGCAGCGGAAAUCCCAUAAGCUCGCAGUCGAAAUCGGCGUCGAGUUCGCCGUCAAACGCACCGAAAUUCUUCAAGCCCCGGAACGCCGAGGAGAACUUCGCGGAAAAACCGCCGCCAGAGCCGCCGUUACCCACGGCGGCGAGCGCCGCGCGGUCCAGGGAGACCAUAUCGCUGCUCUACACCGAGAUGCUGAAACGCGCGCGGCCGCCGCCGCCGAGGCCGUCGCUGGAGGUUCCGCGGCCCGGUCCGACCAAGAAGAGUCCUAAGCUCGGCAGCAGAUUAAUCAGCGUUAUGACCAAGACGUCCCCUCCACCUAAGAAGAAGUCGCCCGCGCCGCCGAAGAAACCGGCGAAUGAUCCGCGGAAGACCCCCACGAAAAGUUCUGCCAGCGCCUCGAAUUCGUCCCCGCCCAAGCGCGGCGUUUCUCCGUCCAAGCACGGCGUUUCUCCGCCCAAGCGCGGGGUUUCCCCGCCGAAGCGGGGGACUUCCCCCCCAAAAAAGCGCUCGCCGAUCCUCCCCAAGAGGCGCCCCCCUCCGCCGCACUCCUCCUCCCCGCCUAAGCGCAAAUCCCCCAAGCACCCGCCCCCCGCUAAAAAAUCCCCCCCUAAGCGGUCCCCCCCGAAGUCCCCUCCGCCUGUUUCUCCCCCCAAGCGGCGCAAGCCUUCUUCAGCGCAGAAGUCCCCGCCUCCGCCGAGUCCCCCUCCGCCGUCUCCGCCCACGGGGAGCGGCGGAGUGGACCUGGGGAACGCGCAGAAGGUGUUGACGACGCUACAGCCGUAUUUCGACGACCCGCAGUUCAUGAUGUUCGCGAUCAACGGAGGCCUGCUCACUCUCAUGGGAAGAGCCCUAAACUCAACGGAGAAAGUGACGUUCUUCGUGCCGGACCCCGACAUAAUCAAGAACUUGCCGGAUGAUUCGCCGCUCAUCAACGACCCAGCCAUCGCCACGGCAGUCGUCAACUUCCACGUGGUGCGGGGCAGGCAGGUCACUUACACGGAGUUGACUCAAGCCGCGACUGGGACCACGUACAUGACUGAUCAGCACGAGCCACUAGUGAAGGACGCAGCGAGCUUUCUCUUCAGCGUGGUGCUGCGGCCAAGCCGAGGGCCCUCCCGUGCCACCAUCACCAUGCCCAAUGCAUACACGGACGAGAUCAUGCAGGUGCACGUACUGGACUCGCUGCUCAUCCCAGACUCUGUCUACUUCGCCCCCCCAGCACCAUCCCCUCCAUCACCCCGCCCUCCAAACCCUCCCUCGCCAUCCCCUUCAACAACGCCUCCCCCACCAUCCACGCCACCACCAGCCCCUCCCACAGCAACCCAGUCGCCGCCACCAGUGGCAGCAGAGAAGCAGAACGCUACAGUGGCAACAGCAGCAACCCCUCCUCCGUCCAGUUCAGAUCUUAACACCACGGUGCCGCCACCACCACCUCCCCAAUAG